AUGCCGAUGGCUGCAUUUCAAGUGCAAGAGCGUUCGGGAUCGAUACAAGUUCAAGGCCUGCAGCCCCUCCGCCCUCCGCCCCGCCACCCUACCCCAUCCCGGUCUGCCCGCCAGCGCCGUGACGUCAGCGCCCCAUUCAUGCCCGCCGCAAUCGAUACUCCGACGAACCUUAAUCCGAUGGCCCGAAACAAAAGAUAUAGCGGGAACACCCAAAGGGAAGAACAAAGC